UCAUCGUCUUCGUCCUUUCGUCAUUGGGUCUUCUUCUGCUUCACAAACCCAAAACGUCAAACGCGGACGUCGGCCGCAUUCGCUUUACUUUUUCACCCAAACCAAACAAAAACAAAUCCGUAAAUUACAAUGAUCGCAUGAUAUUUCUACUUAAUUCCGGCUUUACCAGAGAAUCAGGAGAUUACUAGCGUUACCUCUUUGCUCUUCAAGGGUUUGCAGGGCAAAGAGGGUUAAUUGGGGGAGAAGAUGGGGGGUUUAUGGAGCCAGUUCUGCGGUGAAUCAAGCUGUUCUUUUGAUGGCCAUAAGGCUUGUGGGUUUGAUGUUGUUAAGUUGGUGGAUCCAGCAUCGUGUAUAAACCAUGGGAUGAUCAUUUGCUUCGAUAUAUUGCUCAUGAUCAUUAUGUUCUUCAUUGUGAUUCAGAAGACAACAUCCAAAUCUGUCUACCCCAAGUUAGCACAAUUUCAUGGCUUUUCAAGUUGGCAGAUUGCAUCUGCAAGCUAUAAUGGUGCAGUGGGGUUUGCAUACCUUUGUUUUGGUGUUUGGUUGCUAGAAGAAAAGUUGAGAUUGAAAAGAAGUGACUUACACCUGCACGAAUGGUUACCAGUUUUGUUACAAGGAGUGGUUUGGUUGUCAAUUGGGUUAACCGUAAGCCUUAGGGGGAGACGACUUCCAGGAGCACCACUCCGGAUAUUGUCAAUACUUGCUUUCAUCUUUUCUGCCAUUGUUUGUGGUCUAACCCUGAUUGCUGUCACUUCUAGCAGACAUGUUUCGCUCAAGAUAGCUCUAGACGUGUUAAUCUUUCCCGGGGCUGUAUUAAUGUUGAUUUGCACCUACAAGAGCUACAAAUACGAAGAACAUGACGGGGAUAUCCAUUAUACCCUUUUGAAUCCUGAGGUGGAUGUGAGUGUGAAUGGUAAACACCAUUCCCUUUCCUCUGUAACUCCAUUUGGGGGAGCUAGUUUUUUUAGCAGAAUGACAUUCUGGUGGCUGAACCCACUUAUGAGUCAGGGAAGGGAAAAAACUCUUGUGGAGGAAGAUAUACCCAAAUUGCGGGAUGAAGAUAGAGCAGAAAUGUGCUACUCUUUAUUCACGGAGCAACUAAGGUUGCAGAAACAGAGUAAUGCUGCAGUAUCUCAGCGCUCGGUUUUAUUGACAAUCAUCCGAUGCUUCUGGAAAGAGAUUCUUGUCUCUGGAUUCUUUGCAUUCCUAAAGAUUGUAACUGUUUCUGCUGGUCCUCUGCUUCUUAAUUCCUUCAUUAAGGUAGCCGAAGGAAAACAAAGUUUUGAGUAUGAAGGUUAUUUUUUGGCUAUAUCUCUUUUCGUCACUAAGAUACUUGAAUCCUUAUCUCAAAGGCAAUGGUAUUUCCAAAGCAGAAUUACUGGCGUGAAAGUUAGGUCCUUGCUUACUGCGGUUAUUUAUAAGAAACAAUUUAGACUAUCUAAUGCUGCCAAGAUAAUUCACUCGGCUGGUGAGAUAACCAACUAUGUGACAGUAGAUGCUUAUAGGAUCGGAGAGUUUCCUUUCUGGUUCCAUCAAACUUGGACAACAAGUCUGCAACUAUGCUUUGCUCUUAUAAUCCUAUUCAAUGCAGUUGGUCUAGCCACCAUAGCAUCCUUGCUUGUUAUAGUUCUCACUGUGCUUUGCAAUACUCCUCUUGCCAAAUUACAGCAUAAAUAUCAGACUAAGCUCAUGGUGGCUCAAGAUGAACGGCUAAAGGCUAGCUCAGAAUCUCUUGUGAACAUGAAAGUGCUGAAACUUUAUGCAUGGGAAACUCAUUUCAGAAAGGUCAUUGAAAAGCUAAGGGAGGUUGAAUAUAUUUGGUUAUCGGCUGUCCAACUUCGUAAAGCAUACAAUAGCUUACUUUUCUGGUCAUCUCCUGUCUUGGUUUCAGCCGCUACUUUCGGUGCAUGCUACUUUCUUGACGUUCCUUUAUACGCGAGUAAUGUAUUUACUUUCGUGGCUACAUUGAGACUUGUCCAGGAUCCUAUCAGAACUAUUCCAGAUGUAAUAGGUGUGGUUAUUCAAGCUAAAGUUGCGUUUGCUAGGAUUAUGACAUUUCUGGAAGCACCCGAGCUUGAAAAUGAAAAUAUCCAGCAAAAGAAGUGUAACUUUAGAGGCAAUGGCCAUAGCAUUUUUGUUAAGGCAGACAAUCUAUCAUGGGAGCAGAAUCCUUCCAAGCCUACACUAAGAAAUAUUAGUUUGGAAGUUCGACCUGGUGAGAAGGUGGCUAUAUGUGGAGAAGUUGGCUCGGGAAAGUCAACCCUCCUUGCAGCAAUUCUUGGAGAGGUUUCAAAUAUCCAAGGGACUGUUCAAGUAAAUGGAAGUUUUGCGUAUGUUUCUCAGUCAGCAUGGAUCCAGACAGGAACUAUCCGUGAGAACAUUAUAUUUGGUUCUUCAUUUGAUAGUCAGAGAUAUCAGGAAACAUUAGAAAGAUGUUCCUUAAGGAAGGACCUUGAGUUAUUAGAUUAUGGAGAUCUUACCGAAAUUGGAGAAAGAGGUGUUAAUCUUAGUGGUGGACAGAAGCAAAGGAUUCAGCUUGCUCGGGCUUUAUAUCAAGAUGCUGAUAUAUAUCUAUUGGAUGAUCCAUUCAGUGCCGUUGAUGCACAUACAGCCACAAGCUUAUUCAAUGAAUAUGUUAUGGGAGCUCUUUCAGGGAAGACAGUCUUACUUGUCACCCACCAAGUUGAUUUUCUGCCAGCAUUUGAUUCAGUACUUCUAAUGCACGAUGGAGAAAUACUUAGUGCUGCACCAUAUCACCAAUUACUGGCUUCUAGUAAAGAAUUUCAGGAUCUUGUCAAUGCCCACAAGGAAACUGCCGGUUCUGAAAGUCUGACAGAGGAAACUUCAAGAAAGAAGCCUGCAACUACUUCUUCAUCCAAAGAGAUCAUCAAGACAUACAGUGAGAACAAAUCUAAAUCGUCUGGAGUUGAUCAACUGAUUAAACGAGAAGAAAGAGAAGUAGGAGACACGGGUUUCAGGCCUUUUUUGUUGUAUCUAAAUCAGAAUAAGGGAUACUUAUACUUCUCCCUUGCUACUGCAUGCCACCUUAUGUUUGUGAUCGGCCAGAUACUGCAGAAUUUAUGGAUGGCUUCUAGUGUUGAGAAUCCUGAUGUCAGUACACUUAGGUUGAUUUCAGUUUAUCUGAUUAUAGGAAUUACAUCAACCCUCUUUCUUCUGGGUAGAUCUCUCUCCACUGUUGCUUUGGGUUUGCAGUCAUCAAAAUCCUUAUUUUCACAGUUACUGAUAUCACUUUUUCGGGCACCUAUGUCAUUUUACGAUUCCACUCCAUUGGGAAGGAUCCUUAGUCGGGUGUCUUCUGAUCUGAGUAUUGUUGACCUCGACAUUCCAUUCAGCUUCAUCUUCACUGUCGGGUCGACUACAAAUACUUAUGCUAACCUCGGAGUGCUAGCUGUCAUCACUUGGCAAGUCCUGUUUGUGUCUAUUCCCAUGGUUUAUUUGGCCAUUCGCUUACAGAAAUACUACUUCUCUUCAGCGAAAGAAUUGAUGCGAAUUAAUGGGACCACCAAGUCUUUUGUAGCAAAUCACCUUGCUGAAUCCAUUGCAGGAGCAACAACAAUAAGAGCUUUUAAGGAGGAAGACCGGUUCUUUGCCAAGAGUCUUCGCCUUAUUGAUGUAAACGCCAGCCCAUACUUUCAUAGUUUUGCAGCGAAUGAAUGGUUGAUCCUACGUCUUGAAACACUUAGUGCAACUGUCCUAUCCACAUCUGCUCUUUGCAUAGUUUUGCUUCCUUCUGGAACUUUCAGUUCUGGAUUCAUUGGAAUGGCUCUAUCGUAUGGCCUGUCGUUAAACAUGUCUCUUGUUUUCUCAAUUCAGAAUCAAUGCACACUGGCAAAUUACAUCAUCUCUGUUGAAAGGCUGAACCAAUACAUGCAUAUACCAAGUGAAGCUCCAGAAGUAAUAGAAGAGACCAGACCUCCACUCAAUUGGCCGUCUGUGGGUAAAGUUGAGAUUCAAGGUUUGCAGAUCAGAUACAGGGAUGAUACACCAUUAGUCCUUCGUGGAAUAAGUUGCACAUUUCAAGGUGGGCAUAAGAUUGGUAUUGUUGGUAGAACCGGAAGUGGGAAGACAACGCUCAUAGGUGCCUUAUUUCGUUUGGUUGAGCCCUCUGGGGGAAAGAUUGUAGUAGAUGGGAUCGAUAUAACAACUCUUGGACUUCAUGAUCUGAGGUCGAGAUUUGGCAUUAUACCGCAAGAUCCAACUCUUUUUAAUGGAACCGUGAGAUACAAUCUCGACCCCUUGUCUCAACACACCGAUGAUGAGAUUUGGGAGGUUCUUGGAAAGUGUCAGCUCAAGGAGGCUGUGCAAGAGAAAGAACAAGGUCUAGAUUCUUUAGUGGCUGACGAUGGUUCGAAUUGGAGUAUGGGACAGAGGCAGUUAUUUUGCCUGGGGAGAGCGCUUCUGAGAAGGAGCAAGAUCUUGGUACUGGACGAAGCAACUGCAUCUAUUGACAAUGCAACUGACUUGAUUCUGCAGAGAACAAUCAGGACCGAAUUUGCAGACUGCACUGUGAUCACUGUGGCGCACAGGAUACCCACGGUGAUGGACUGUACAAUGGUUUUGGCAAUCAGUGAUGGAAAGCUGGUGGAAUAUGAUGAACCAAUGAAGUUAAUGAGGAAGGAAGGAUCGUUGUUUGGAAAGCUUGUGAAGGAGUACUGGUCACAUUACCAUUCUGCUGCUGAGAUUAUUAAUUUGAGUGAGGAUGCAUGAAUUUGAGUCUUAACAACUCUCAUAGGGCGGGCUGGCUGGCUGGCCAUGUGAAAAAGCUCUGUUUCCAGCAGCUGCUACAGCUGCCUGCUAACUAAUGCUCGUAGAUGAAUUGGAUUGCAAAACAUAAUAGAUGGGGAGAAAGGAAAGAAUAUUAGUGAUCCCAAAAUGUUGUCAUUUUCUUUUGUUAAUCUUUUAAUAAUAGCUUCAUUUGAAAGCUUCCAAGUGUGUAUUACAUUUGUAGAUGGAUGUAUCUGUCAAUCUGGAAUGAUUACCAGAUUUUGAAAUAAAAUAUUUAAGAAAAGGGGGGGGCAACGAGAAGUUGAGCCUUGUUCGAAA